AAGUCAAGCCCUUCAGUGGGUGACUGCCUCUGCCUUCACAGAAAAAUCCUUAAUAACUUGAAUUCCAUUUAAGUUUAAAACUUCAUAUAAUAGCAAAUAUAUAAAAGGUCUAUUAACCAAAUCCCAUCACACAUCCUUUGCCUCUCUCUCUCUCUCUCAGCCAAAAAAGCCAGUAGCUUGAGAGGCCUUUGGCUAAUCAUCAUAUUCAUCAUUAACUAAGGACCAGAGCUCAUGAAGCAAAAGGUUGUGAUCAAGUUGUCUGUGCAUGAUGAGAAAUCCAGAGCCAAAGCUAUGAAGGCUGCAGUUGGGGUUGAUGAUAUGUAUAUAUUAUAUACAGGGGUGAACUCAGCAAGUUUGCAGCAGGACAAGGACCUAAUAGAGGUGACAGGGGAAGGGAUUGAUGUGGUUCUGCUCACAACUCAGCUCAGAAAAAGCUUGAAGUAUGCUGAGGUGGUCAGUGUGAACCCCGUGGAGGAAAAGAAAAUUGAGGAAAACCAGGAUAAAGGGAAGAACAAAGAGCCAGAGGCAACAAUCCAGUAUCUCAUGGGCUGUCCUCCUCCUCAAUGCAUUUGCGCUCCUUGUCCGCCAUACCAAGAUUCCAGUUGCCCUAUUUUGUAAUUAA